GCUCCCAUGUACAGGACCACAACAGACAGUAUAUCCAGCACCACGCCGUCAGAACCGUGGAGUACGACCGUAUCUGUGUCAGUCUCAUCCACCAACCAACCGCCAUUCGAUCAACGACAGAUUAUGCAGCCGAAUAUGGUGAACAGUACAACCAGUGCGGUGCGCUCAGCGGACAUGAAAUGCCGGGAAGAACAUCAGCUAAUCGCACGUUAUGCUGCUCAGCUAGCCGCUGCAUCCGCCUUUAAUUCGGAGUUUGAAAAAUUUGGCGACGUGGCUGACUCUCCUCAGACACAAAAACAAUUGAUAGCAGAGUUGCAAGCAAAAAAUCGAAAAAUUCUCAAAGAGAUUGAACGACUCCGCGUGGAACAACAAAAACAGGCCGCAAUCAUUGCGGCUGCCCGAAGUGGGGGAUCGACCACCACGAAAUCGGACGGUUCAAAGGAUUUAGACUUGCUUCAGGAGCGCACGCUUAGCCCGAACACUCUAGCUCAAAUGAAUCGAUUGGAAGGCCAAUCGAGUGGCAGUGGUGGCGGUGCUGGAAGUGGUUCCGGCGGUGGCGGAGGGGGUGGAGGGAUGAGUGCUGGUGGAGGAGGAGGAGGAGGCGGAGGAGGAGGAAGCAGCACAAGUAGCGGAGAGAACCCCAAACUGGUCACGGAACUGCACGCGUUACGGCAACGCAAGGAUGAGCUAGAGACACGCAUGAGUAACUUGCAACUGACCAUGUGGGAACAGUGCUUUGCUGAAAGUCACCAGAAUCCGUUGACAAUGUCUGUGAAUUUGCAUGAAUAUCGCGAAUCAAAACUACUAGAACGAAAAUUGUCCAACAACACUGCCUUGGAAGCACGACCAGGUCUAUCCAAAUACAAUGACACGUCUCUUAUUCGCGCUGAAUUGAUCCGAAAAAGUCUCCUUUCUCCGACCAGUGAUUCUCAUUCCGAUUCGCCUGCGCCUCGGUCAGGAUCAAUCGUUCUACUUGGAAUCAAACUGGCUUCAUCUGAGUUUGGUAUGCAUCCUCCUCAGAACGGGUUAGUUCCGUGUACAUCACUAAAAAUCGGAACAAAUCAGAAUCCACGCAUGGACGCCGCCUACGUUUUGUACGCGCAGCUGAGCUACGAGGCCACACCAAUAGCAAUAAUCUUUUCACAUUCGAAUUUACCCAUACAACUUACAGAGAAUUCCCCAACUCGUUCGAAACUUAACUCGUUUGGUCAAACCUUGCACGGGAAUGGUCAUACAAGUACAUUCACGGACAGUGGCUCGGAAGUAUAUCUGUACUCCGAUCCGGAAAUGGGCUAUUCCGGUCCCGGUUUGAAUCCGGCUAGACGCGAUGCGAUCGGCAGGAACAAAUCCGUCCUGACUCGAUCCACACGCGGUGAGGAUGUGAGUAAACCGCGUCUGAGUGCCACAUAUACGGAUAACUACGAGUAUGCCGGGAUGAUGCUACAAGACGAACUGACUAGCAGUGGUGGUUCCAGUCACCUGCGAUCGGCUAGUACCACUGGGACCAAUCUGAGCACUGAUCGGGGUGAGGAGACCACAGCGAGUGAAGUGGUUGCUGCACCGAAACCGCUCACUGCCGGGUUGGAAAAACAACGCAUUGUGUAA